CUGAAAAAUACCCAUAAUUUCAAUGUCAAAGUGACAUUUCCAUAAAUUACCCACAAUGCAUUAGUCCCUCGAUGGCCGCUGCUUAAUUUAAACCGUACUUUUCUUUUCCUGUAUUAAUUUCAAUUAUUUUCGGAAAAUCCAGCCAAAAUGACGACGGGAAUCGGCAUCCUACCACCCGAUCCGCUUUUCUGUUUCAAGGAGAACAUGGGAAACGUGCACGCUCUCUGUUUUCCCGAACGAAAUCCAGAUUAUUGCGAUCUGCUCUUGGCUGGAACCGAAAAGGGAGACGUGUAUUUUUGGGAUUUGGAGUCCAAUAGACUCCAACAUAAACAAAAAAUGGGUGAAUCAAUCCAAGCCCUUCACGCAAUUGAAUAUGACAUAAUCACACAGGAAAAGAACGGUUUAGUGAAGCUUUGGUCCAUAGAAAAUAACACCGGCUACAAAGUCCAACGAAGCUAUCAGGCUUAUGGCGGCUUCUGCAAAAGUGUCUUACUUGAAAAACAACUGAUUUUAUCUCAAGAAAAGGCCACCGUUGAUAUCAUUGAUAUAGACACAUUUGAAAGUAUAAGAAAAUUUGUACCUGACGACAAUGAAAAGCUCGGAACUGCCAUGUGCCUUGAAGCUUUCAAAAUAGGAGGGACGACUUAUUUACUUGUCGGGUACGAAAAUGGCCAUCUUAUACUGUAUGACUACUCAACUGCUCAGCAAUGCAGCCAAUUGAGAUUUAAAGAAUUUACUACCUCAGUCACAUUCGACCCUCAUAGUUAUAGAGGUGUUGUUGCUAACUCUUCCAAUGCUCUUCAAGUAUUCAAAAUUGAUCCGGAAUGUUUGGAAAUUGUUUUACAAGCUGAAUUGGUUCUACCAAACGAAGGGUGUCAGAUGGUUAAGUUUAGACCUGAUCAUAGGCUUCUCAUGGCAGGAGGAUGGGAUGGAGGUUUAAGAAUCUACUCAUGGAGGACUUUGAGAACCCUAGUCGUUUUAAAAGAACACAAGAAGCAAAUAUCUGACCUACAAUUUUCACCAAAUAUUGUACGUUAUUGGGACUCAAAAAUUUUUGCUACAGGAGGGGCUGAUGGUACCAUUGCACUAUGGAAUGUCUACCAUUCAUAUACUUACUAAUGGAAUAUUCUGAAAUUUGGAAAGACCUCUUCAAUGGCCAUCUUUAGGUGAAUGAUCAAAAAACAAUUUUGUCAAGGGAUACUUUGAUCAUCAAAGUGUGUCUUAACAAAAUAUUUAAGCUCAAUUUUCCAUUCCUUACCAGGAUAAUUGUAAUGUUUUUAUGUUGAAUGCAACAAUUACUUGUGUGUAUUUAAUUGGCAAAUACCCAUGUAUCUACAAACUAUUGGGUCUAACUUGACAAAUUUUUGUUAGAUAAUUUUAUUAAUCUGAUUUUUUCAACUAAAAAUUGUUUGGCAAGAUUCUAAUAGCUUAGGAAAACAACAUCAUUUGGCAGGAUGAAAUCGGUGCCAUCGAUAUUUUCAUCCAACAUUUCUUUCUGGCAAAAAAAAAAAAAUGUGAUCAUACAACACACUACUGAAGUGAAACUUCUUCAAACACAAGCAUUCCAGGAAAGGGGGUAAAGGAAUUGGUUAAUGGUAUAAUUUUUUCAUGCUGUAUACAAUGUGGCUGCUAUGGGCUAACUAAGGAGUCGAGUUCAGUUAGUGGCGUCGUUUUGACUUCAGGCACACAAACACAUAGAAUUACAUGCCUGAGCUGCCUGUAACCAACAUUGUAUAGAAGCGAUACCCACUACUAACUCGAUUAUGGGGCAGUAGAGGGGAUGCCGUUGUGUUACAUAGCUAUUCGCAUGAAACGAACUUACCACGUGCGUAAAAAAGUUUUAUUUCAAAAAUUGUCAAAUUUCUGGAAUAUUGCUCAAGAAGCAAACAUUGUGCAGUGUCUGCUUCUUGGGCAUCUAGAGUGAAAUAAAAUAAAGAAUGGGAAUACCAGUGAUUGAAAAAAAAAAACAUGCAACAAGUCUAACUGCUAUGAGUUAGUUUUGAUUUGUAAAUCCACUCACUGGAGGGCAUUUUAUGAUAGAUCCAUCUAUCAAUUUUUAGAAUACCGAAGGUUCAUACCCAAAAAUGGCUAUUAUACUCAUCUAUGUUUUUUUUAAUGUUAACAAAAUUCAAACCAAAAAAAAAAAAAAACAAUUCUAAAAAUUCAUUGUUUUGUUACUGAAAUGUGAUAUGUAUGUUUUCUGGUCUUUUUGUUAUUACAUAUAGACUGAUAAAAAAAUAUAAGGUAUAGCUGAAUACCAAUUUGUUAAUAAAAAUAACGCUCAAGAAAAAAGUGUCAGCUGUAAGUUUUUGUUCCAUUACAAUUUUUUGAGUGUUAUUUCAAAUUUUAAAACCUAUGCUCGAUCGUUUUAAGAUUUUUAAUUGUGAUAUUUUUUAACUUGUAUAUUUUUGCAUAAGAUGAAAAGAAACAGAAAUUUUAUAUGAAUUGAAAAAGAUUUUAAACUACAAGAAGUUAAUAUAAAAGAGAUAUUGAAACUGAAUUGGAUAUUUUGUUUUCUUUGAAGUAUUUUUCACUAGCACAACUUUCCACAAUAUCAUCUUUACCCAUUUUCCAUCGCGCUUAGGCUGCCUAAGCUUCAUAAGCCUUUUUUCUAGAAGAAAAUGACUCAGGAGUAUUGUAAGAAUGCUUAAAAUUAUUAGAAACUGUGGUGGUGUCAGAUAAUUUUCUUCUAGGUACAUGUCUUAAAGCAUAAUUCCAAUUGCCAGUAUCUUUAAGGUCCAGUAGGAUUGCUACGCAUUGAUUGAUUGUGAGACUUUUUCCAGAACCAGAGCCCCAUUGCAGAUAUCUAUCUAACGGAAAUUUUCUCAUAGUGAUACCUUCUCGUUUGGCUUUUGCUAAUGAAAGUGGUUCAUGA